AUGGCUUCGAAGAUGCGUCUCACUCGGAGGACUUUAGGCCCGUUUGUUGGAGCAGUUGCCAAGAAACUAGAACAUUACAGUCAGUUUCAACCAUCAUCCUUGACUAUCCAACAAUAUUUGGACUUUGGACGGAUAGGUACUGCAGCCACAUCGUACACUUUUCUGAAGAAUGAGCUUAUGGUGCGACUCGCCAAUAUUAUGCAGGAGUUUUCUUUACUGCCGCCAAAGUUGCUUCAAAUGCCAAGUUCAAAGAUGGUCAGUAAUUGGUACUGCGAAAGUUUUGAAGAUCUUCUAAAAUAUGAAAACGCUGGAGCGUCGACGGAGAACAUAAAUGCCUUUAACGAACAACUACAAUCAAUUCUGAAAAGGCAUGCACAUGUCGUCGAAACAAUGGCUGAAGGACUCAUCGAAUUGAGAGAAACAGACGGCGUUGACAUUGCUAGUGAGAAAGGAAUACAGUAUUUCUUGGAUCGUUUUUACAUCAAUCGUAUAUCGAUACGAAUGCUCCAAAACCAACAUUUGGCAAUUUUCGGAAAUGUUCUACCCGAAAGCCCCAGGCAUGUAGGAUGCAUUGAUCCAGCCUGUGAUGUUGAAAGCGUUGUUCACGAUGCUUUCGAGAAUGCAAGGUUUCUUUGUGACCGUUAUUACCUUACUAGUCCUUCUAUGAAACUAGAAAUGCACAAUGCAGUUGACAAGGGAAGGCCAAUAUCGAUUGUGGCUGUUCCUAGUCAUUUGUAUCACAUAAUGUUUGAGCUGCUAAAGAACGCUAUGCGUGCUACUGUUGAACAUCAUGGUGUUGACGAUGAUUUGCCUGACAUAAAAGUUUUUGUGGUUAGAGGCAAUGCCGACUUGUCAAUCAAGAUAUGCGAUCGUGGUGGUGGUGUCUCUCGAACAAUACUGGAACGGCUAUUUAACUACAUGUAUAGCACAGCUCCACCACCACCGAGAGACGGUACACAAGCACCUUUGGCUGGCUAUGGAUACGGUCUUCCGCUUUCACGGCUGUAUGCGCGGUAUUUUCUCGGGGACCUUUUCCUGGUUUCAAUGGAAGGAUAUGGAACGGAUGCGUGCAUAUACAUGAAGGCAGUUCCAGUCGAAGCCAGUGAAGUACUUCCCAUCUAUAGUACCUCGUCUCGUAGAAAUCUCACCAUGGGUCCGCAGGUGGCUGAUUGGUCACACCAUGUUCCAGGACAAGGCUUUCGACCUGGAUAA